GUCAACAUCUCAAAAUGAACAGCCUAGCUUUGAUUGCUUGCCUCCUUGUAACGGUCGGUGUUGCGUUCGCAAAUCCCGCCGUUCGGGAAAGCCGCCAUGCCGUCCCUAUUGGGAUGAUGGAUGGAAUGGUGUUGAUGGAUGAUGGCACAGUCGACAGCCAGAUCCAAGAAACCGCUUUUAAUCCAAUCAUAAUCAACCCAAACAAUCUAGGAGCCAUGGCACAUAUUGUUUCUGACCAACAAACUGAAGAGCAGCGUUACGGAUGGGGCGGCGGCCGUCCCUAUGGAGGCGGAUGGGGUGGCGGUUACGGUCGUCCCUACGGUGGCGGAUUUGGUGGCGGAUGGGGUCGUCCUUACGGUGGCGGAUUUGGUCGUCCUUACGGUGGUGGAUGGGGUCGUCCAUACUACGGCGGCCGUUGGUAAAGCGGGAAAAAAUCCGGGCUAUUUUCAAGACAGGAUGCUUCGUACCAUCAAAGCCAAUAACCUACAAGAUCCAAAAGAAGACAUUUCGUAUUAAUAACAUUGCUCAAACAAUCUUUCUGUACUCAAAAAUGGUUUUGUUUUUAUCGAAAAAACAAAA